UUUUUUUCUUUGUUUGUUUGUUUGUUUGUUUUCCGGUUUCUUCUGUUAAGUGACCUCACGUGCGCUGCUGCAGGUGUUUUUGCGUGAGCGUUUGCGGGUGUCUGCGAACAGCGGCACGUUGCUGCCUCCGCUCCCACCUCUCCGUCACCGCCUCAGUCUCCGUGACCGGACUGACACUCCGAGCCGCCAUCCCUGUCACCACACCGGUACUAUCUCCCUCGCUUCACCUCCACCCCUCUCCACCUCCCUCUCUCUUCACCUUCAUCUCAAUCCCUCCUCCUCUUCGUCUUCCUCCUCCUCCUCCUCCGGCUGUUGUUGCGCCGCCGCUGCUGGCGCUUCUGCUGCAGCUCACAACUUCCAGAGAGCCUCAUCUCCGGGCACAACAAGUCCGCCCUCUGGUUCCCCCCCCUCCCCUUACCGGCCGGGGAUGCUCGUCUCGCUCGCCUUAAAUGCGAUGUGAUAAAUGGGCCGCGCAGGAUGUGAAGCCCCGCAAGAAGAAGCAGGAGGAUGGCGAAACCGGGCUUGUCUGCGGCGGCGGCGGCGCUGCCGCUGCUCCUGCUGGGCUCCUUCCUCUCGGCGUCCUCCGUUAAAGCCGACGCUGCGCUGUCAGCUCCGCUCAAUGUGACCAUCAGAGAGCUGGAGGUCAACUCAGCUGUGGUGACGUGGGAGAUCUUGGAGGGAGAUCCCGUCAUCGGAUUCGCCAUCACCCAACAGAAGAAGGAUGUGCGGAUGUUGAGGUUCAUCCAGGAAGUGAACACCACCACCCGCUCCUGCGCGCUGUGGGACCUGGACGAGGAUACCGAAUACAUCGUCCAUGUCCAGAGCAUCAGCAUGGAAGGCAGCAGCCCCCCCAGCCAGCCCGUUCUCUUCAAAACGCCAAAAGAGUCGGAGAAAAUGGCGUCCAAGAGUCCCGACGAGGUGACGAUGGAGGAGGUUGGUCAGGCUGCCCAGCUGAGGGCCGGAGAGCUCAUCAUCAUUGUUGUGGUGCUCGUCAUGUGGGCAGGGGUGAUCGCCUUGUUUUGUCGUCAGUAUGACAUCAUCAAAGACAACGAGCCCAACAACAACAAGGACAAAGCCAAGAACUCCUCAGAGUGCAGUACACCUGAGCACCCACAAGGGGGGUUACUGCGCAGCAACGUCUAGGACCAACCUUCUGUCGCCUUCUGCAAUAACCAACCUAAGACCUCAGGACGGACCCUGAGACCAACAGAAAGCCAUUCUCAGAAAAAGAAAAAGACAAAAAAAAA